AUGGGCGAAGUUCGUGCCAUGUCGAAAGAUGAACAAGAUGAAGAAAUAGCGACAGCCUUCCUUAGGCAAAUACAAAUAUGGCACUCUAAUUUCAAUGAAGAUGGUGAUGAUGAAAUUGCCCGUGAAGUGAUGAUGGCGUACGAUGUUUUACAAGAUCGAGAGAAGCGCGCACGGUACAACAAUUUGGCUGACUAUGACAAGGGGUGGCUGGCGGGGAAACGAUUCAAAGCUGUGUUUUGGCCCGAGUGCGAGACAGUGGCUCAGCGACUAACAUGGUUGAAAAGAAUGGGUCUGCUUGCUUUAUCAGCCGGGCUUACAAUUGGAGGCAUCGUAUCGAUCGUUCUUACCGCCGGUUUCUCAUCUCCUUUGGUACUAUGCGCUGUCGCAGGAGGAUUGCACUCGUUACGCCAGACUGUUCGCAAGGAAGCAGUCGUAGAUGGGUGUGAUGUUGAAAAAUGGCUUAUGUCAACAGGGGUUGGAUAUCUUCUUGCUUUCCUUCCCGGUGGAGCAGCCAUUGGAACAGCUGUCUUGGCAGACUGCAGCGAUCUCAGUGGCUGA